ACCUACUGUUUCUCUCCAACGCUGAACAUGUUUCUUAGUUGUGAUACGUUGUUUCGGUGUGAUUAAUGAUGACCUUCAAACCUCAGCUUUGUUUUGAGCCUGAGAACUAACGCUACUAUACCCCCUCAGCCUCCGACGCCUCUUAUCGUCCCCGUCUGAGACCCACACACACCGUUCCCAGGUUAUAUUAUUGUGUCGUUACUACGUCGUACUAACUAACAUUUGCGGUGUCGCUGAAAUUAAAGUAGAAAAAGCUAGCGACAAUGGGAGGGUCUGACCAUGAAGAUGACUCCGAUCACGGUGCCAAGGCUUCUUAUGCGACUGAGGAGGAUGAAGAGUUCGUUCAGAUGGGUCCUAAGUGCAGUAUCAAGGAACAUCUUGAGAUGGACAAGGACGAUGAAAGCUUAAGGAGGUGGAAAGAACAGCUUCUCGGGAGCGUCGAAAUCAAUCCAGAAGCACAAGAACCUGAUGUGAAGGUUAUGAGCCUCACAAUUAUCUCUGCUGGAAGGCCUGAUAUAGUUCUUCAGAUUCCUGAGAAUGGGCGGAACCCAGAAGGCCUGUGGUUUACCUUAAAAGAAGGCAGCAAAUAUCGGCUCAGAUUCGCCAUCAAGGUCAGCAACGAGAUUGUUUGCGGCCUCAAGUACAUUAACUAUGUCUGGAAAACCGGAAUCAAAGUUGACAGCUCUAAAGAGAUGCUGGGAACGUUUAGCCCUCAAGUGGAGUCAUAUAUACAUGAGAUGCCAGAAGAGAAUACUCCCUCUGGCAUGUUUGCUAGAGGAACAUAUUCUGCAAGAACUAAGUUCAUAGACGAUGACAAAAAGGUCUAUUUGGACAUCACCUACACCUUUGACAUUCAGAAGGAGUGGGCAGAAACAUCAUAGGACGGAGAAGAAACAGAUCAGAUGGUGAUUUUGAUCACUGUUAUCAAGUUAGGAACAUGGAGUCCCUAUCUCGCUGCUCCUUUUUACUACAUCCCCUAGUACUUAUUCUCUGUUAAUUAGGUUUUUUCUUAAUUUUUACAAAACUCUCUUUAUUCUUUCACUGAAGGGCUAUCUUCUGCCUUCACACCUUAUAAAAACAUGCAUUGAAUUCAUUAUUUUUUUUUUUGGAAUUUUUAUGAUCAGUGUUUGUUGU